AAAAUUAGAAAAAUGUUUAGUUAGUCAACAACAGCAACAGAGACGACAAUUACAACCAGAUAUUUUAAAACCACCAUUACAAUCGUUAACUAAUAAAAAAAUUAAUAAAUUAUUAGCAUUACAAGAGCCACAAGCAACUAUGGCCACUUUAUUAGCUCAACGAUUAGAAGAAACAACGGCUGGCGAAGAUGACUGGUCAGAUGAAGAAGAAGAGGAUUUAAACGAAGAUUAUGAUACAAGGACAUACAAUCUAGAAACAAGAGAUAGCCUAAUGAAUGCGUCAAAUUCAUCUGAGCAAGAGGAUGAAGAAGAAGAAGAAGAAGAGGGUGAAUCGUCAACAAAUGAAAAUGAAACGCCUGCUGUUGUUAUGAGUAUAUUUUUUUGUUUGCAGUCAAAUCGAAGUGAUGAUGAUGAAGAAGAUGACGACGACGAACAAAAUACGCUUGGAGGAUCACUGCUCAGUGCGUUUCAACCACACGAUUUGUCAACACCGACGAAAAAGCUUCCUUCUCUAACGCGCACUUCAGGAUUUUUGGUCAAUAUGGAAAUUGACGAAGAUGAUGAUGUUGAAGGAGAAGAAGAAUCAGAAGACAUUGAAAGUAAUGGAGAAAAAAUUCAAAAAACCAAAAAGAAAUUCGAAGAAAAUCAACAAACAGAAAAUCCUUUGGAUAAAAAAUAUUCGCCGGACAGCGCUGAAAGUCAAUCAAAUUCACAAGCUGGUUCAUUACCAUCAGAAAUGGAAAUGGAAAUAUACGAUUGUCAAGACGUUGGUGGUAGCGAGAGAAAGAGACUUCGUCAUAGUGAUGAUGACGAAGAUUAUGGAUCAUCUAAUGGUUCGGAUAUUUUGAGUGAUACAGGCUCAGUUAAAAACAUGGCCGAUUUUGACGAUCAAAGUGAAAAUGAUGACAAACCAAGCAGUACUCAAACGCAGUCGAUGAUUACACCGGGGGCUGUCUCUCAACCACAGGGUACUGCAAUGAUUGUUAAUAAAAAACAUCAACCACAACAACGCAAAAAACGUCAGACAAGUGAAACUAGUCAUUCAUCUCAAUCAUCGUCCGGUGGUUCAUCAAGUAUUUCAUCUACAUCGACAAAUAGUGAUGCAGACAGUAGUCGAAAUGAAGAAGAAAUUAUUUUGAGUCAAUUAUCAAAACCAGGACAAACACUCUUAUGGGAUUUGUUGUUAGAACAAGAUAAAGCAUUACGUUUACAAGAUCCAUUACUUCAAGAAGCCGAACGUUUGUUUGGACAUUUGUUAAUAUCAUGUGAAGAUAAACGAAUUGUUUUACAUUUCAUUAUAGCCAGUUUAGAAAACUUAAAAAAAAGCAGUUCCAGUUUAGUCUCAUUGCGUUUAUUACCAAAAUUAUUUUCGUUCUUACAACAACAGCAUAAUCGUCCGAGUCAAAGUGUUUUUACUCUAUUCAACGAUAAAUAUCAUAUUCUAAAUGCCUUUUUUAAUGAUUUACAACAAUUGGCAAGAAAAAUACGUGAACAACAACAAUCACCGGCAAAUGGCAUACCGGUUUCAAUUCAAACUGAAGUAGAAGUUCGUUUACAUUUUUUGACUUGUAUAUUUUCCAGUAGUGCAACACCAAAAGAAUUUCAUUUGAAUCAAAUUCAAGCAACAGUAUUAUGGGAUUGUUUAACGGUCAUCAUGGCAUCCGCAUCAUCAUCAUCAUCGACUUGUCGAGAAGAUUUGUACACGUGGCUAUUAAAUCAGUUAAAAAACCGAGAUGGUGGUCAUGCAUUGUCAUUAGAUACAUUCAAACAUCUUUUGAGUGAAAAGUUAAUCACACUGAAUCCUGAAUAUGCUUGUUGUCAACAACUGACCUUAAUUCAAGAUAUUCUUCAACAGUAUCGUAUUCAUUGUUGUGCAUCCUUUCAACAUCAACAACAACAUGAACCGCAACAAUUAUUUCAAGUUCAACAACAGUAUAAUGAAUUUCACAUGUUCGAAUUGGUGAUAUUGAAUUAUAUUAGUGAUGUGGCCAUGAAAGCGUAUGAUCAAAAUGUAAGCACGUUAGCAGCACAACUUCUAAAUAUGUAUCAAAUACAAAAUGAAGAUGGUACGUUAGAACGUGAAGAACAAUUUAUCAAUCGAUGUAUGACAUGUUUAAAACAAAUAUGUGAUGGUGAUGAAACAGCACAAAAAGCAUUAUCGGAAAAUAAAUUACGAAUGAUAACGAGAAUAACAGUUUUAUUAAGAACACAUUUAGAUUUAUUUAUGAAACGUUAUUCAUUUGUUAUAAGGAUGUAUCUUAUAUUUAACGAACAACAACAACAACAGCAAGGAUUGACAUUUGCUGAUAAAAGUAUUCAUUGUCAACAACAAAUGUUAAAAUCUCAUUUGAAAUAUAUUGAUGAACAUCAAUAUCAAGCUCAGCAACGAAAUGAUUGUUUAAAAUUAAUAUGUAAUUCCACUUUGGCUGGAAAUCAAGCACCAGAUAAAAUUAUUUUAAAAAUGUCUCCUACAGAAUAUUUAGGCGAUUUAAGAGCAGAAUUAACACGAUGGUAUUUGUCAAUAAAACAAACAAUUUUAACUACCACGACAACAUUGGCAACAGUUGAGAAAGCGACAAAUGAAGAUAGAACAACGAACGUUCUACCACCACCACCCCAGCGGCAAACGACAUAUGAUACACACAUUCGAAUUGUCACUAAUGGACAAGAAUUAGAUCGAGAUAUGGAUGAAAAAACAUUAGCUGAGUGUAAUUUAAAAGAUAAUCAAGUGAUUAUUGUUUCUUCCACACCACGUAUACGUAUGAAAGAUCCAUAUAUUAUUGAGGAGCGUUUGUUACGAGAUUUUAUACCACAUAAAAUGCCAAUGAUCAUAUUAUUACGCGAUAAUUAUUUUGAUCAAUUUUUUCAUAUAUUAGCUCAAUUACAAUCUCUCAUUGAAUCGUCAGCAGACCAUACAGAAGCUCGUUAUCUUGCUCAUCGUAUAUGGGACAUAAUAUUAUUGAUUCCCACUAACAGUCGAUUACUUGAAAAAUUUGAACAACUUCAUUUAUUUGAUAAAGAACAAUGGCCCGUGUAUUUUAAUCGUAAUGAUCCGUAUCGUUUAACAUACUCGUUACAAAUAAUUGACAUGUUAAUCCGUAAAAAUCCAAUCAUUACAAGUGAUGGUUCCAACGUACCGUAUCGCGAUUUAUUUGUUCAAAAGGGUGGUUUGAAAUACUUUUAUGAAAUUCUCAUAUCAAAAUGUUUAUUACCCAUGAAUGACAAUAACUGGUGUCAAGGUUUACCAGAGGCCUUAUAUCGUUUACUUCACGUAUUAUCUCAGCACUUAUUUAAACCACAACGUACUAUUUCACAACCUACACCACCGGGAGCUCCUCCGCCGCCAUCUCUAACAAUCUUAACAACAUCCGGAACGGCUGAAGCAACAUGUGGAGAACAAUCAUCAAAAAAAAAGUUACGUCGUGAAAAUGGAAGUACACCGGCAAUUGUAGCUGCUCUAACGUUGCAAGAUUCGACAACUGAACAAUCUCAACAGCAAAAUCAUCCACAAUCAUCAUCAUUACAACAACAACAACAGCAGCAGUAUCCAAUCAGUGAACCUCAUUCUGAAAAUAUAUCUAUGAUCGAUAAAGAUUUAUUAUUACGAUGUCUAAUCGAUCUUCAGCUAUUAAUUGUGAAUAAAACCACUGUGUCACGUGUCAUUUGUCCGUGUAUGUAUUUUUUCUUUACUAAUCAAACAGAAAUAUUGCAUCAGUCAAUGGCAUUGUUAAUUCCAUUAUGUCAUUAUUAUGAAAGUAUUCGAUGUCAAUUUUUGAAAUACGAACAGUUAAAACCAUGGUUAAAAACAUUACUAUUAGAUGCGCAUGAACCGAUGUUGAGGCGUGAGGCAGCUUUAUGUAUAUUUCGAUUGAUCAUAGCUCCAACAUUGCAAGCAUCGACGAAUAGUUCAAAUCAAAUAAUUCCACUUAAUCCAUUUCUUAUUUCCAAUGAUACUCCACCACCAUUGCAGCGAUCAUUGCAUGACGAAAAAACUCUCGCAUCGUCAUAUGUUGCUCCAAUUUCUCUUCCAUCGUGCGAUAAUCCACCAGAACGUGUUUGCCUUCUCCCAAUUUUAACAUCAUUACUCGAAUUAUUACCCUACACGCUAAAAUUCUUGUUGAAUGAUUUAAUAUCCUAUGUGCCCAUGUCUAGUUCAUUGAAUAUCUCUUUUUCAUCAUUAAUUUCUCAAUUACCGUCGCCUGUUUCAUCUCAAUCAACCACAAAAACAACUUUACACGAUCUUCCACAACAUUGUCCACUUGUACUUCAGUCUUGUCACGAGUAUUUUCUGCUCUUAACAUGGAUUAUUGAUCAUAUGCAUUUCGAUGAAAUCAAAUCGGUUAAAAUCACCAUUGACGAGCAUCAUGUUGACGUGAAUUUUAAUCAAUUAGUAGAAUUAUUAAUGACCUAUAUUCAUCAACGUUUACCGUAUGAAAGUUAUCGUGAAAAAAUUGCUGAAGACGAUGUUCUGUACGGUUUACUCUGUUUACUAUCAUCGAUUAUCAAACAAACCAAUUCACAUUUAAAUAAAUUUACCACAUUAUGGCCAAAUUCAAACUACAAUCAAAUGACGUUGUUGUUAGUUGAACAAAUUUAUAAUUAUUUGUUUGAAUUACCAACAAACGAACAACGAAAUGUACCAAAAUGUAAAUCACAUAUAACACGUCGUGUUUGUUAUGAAUUAUUAGUGGAAUUAGUUCGUUUGAAUAAAGAUAAUUUUAUUUUUUUACAAAAAAAACUAUGUGAACAACAUCAUUGUAAAACACAACAUUUACCAUAUCAAUGGGAAUAUUGGCCAAGAGAUGAUGGACGAGCCUAUUGUGGCUACGUUGGUCUAACUAAUUUAGGUGCCACAUGUUACAUGGCUACAAGUAUGCAACAUUUAUAUAUGAUACCUGAAUUACGUUCAGCCAUAUUAAAAACGACUAAUAAUAAUUCAACUAGUGAUAAAAAACAUGAACAAAUAUUAUAUGAAUUAAAACGAAUGUUUGCCUAUUUAUUAGAGAGUGAAAGAAAAUCGUAUAAUCCAAAAACUUUUUGUAAAGUUUAUACUAUGGCACAUCAACCAUUGAAUACUGGUGAUCAAAAAGAUAUGACAGAAUUUUUUACCGAUUUAAUAACAAAGUUAGAAGAAAUGUCAGAUGAAUUGAAAACAUUAGUGAGAGAAUUAUUUUGUGGUAUUUUAACAAAUAUUGUUCUGUCAUUUGAUUGUCCACAUUUAUCACGUAAAUUAGAAGAAUUUUAUACUGUUCGAUGUCAAGUUGCUGAUAUGAAAGAUUUAUAUGAAUCAUUGAAUGAAAUGACAGUAAAAGAUACAUUGGAAGGUGAUAAUAUGUAUACGUGUUCAAAAUGUGCCAAAAAGGUGCGAGCCGAAAAACGUGUAUGUUUUCGAAAAUUACCAAAAAUUUUAUGUUUAAAUACUAUGCGUUAUACAUUUAAUAUGGUAACGAUGCAACGUGAAAAGGUUAAUACACAUUUUUCAUUUCCAAUGCAAUUAGACAUGAGCGGCUAUAUGGAGAAGAAUCUCAUUGAUCCAAAUAAAUUAGUAGCCGAUGAUGAUGAAAAUAGUAGCAACGAUGACAGCAUACAGAAUGAAAGUAUGAAUAUGUCUACAACAACAACAACGAAUAAAUCUGUGAAUGAAGGUUCAGAAUCGUCUUUGUUUGAAUUAAUUGGUGUUACUGUUCAUACGGGUACAGCUGAAGGUGGUCAUUAUUACAGUUUUAUACGUGAUCGUGUCAAACGACAGACAACGACAACAAAUAAUGUAACUGAUGAACAAUCACAAUCACAACAACAGCACGAUUCUCAACCACGUUGGUAUUUAUUUAAUGAUGCUGAUGUAAAAUCAUUUGAUCCAAAUCAAAUCGCUAAUGAAUGUUUUGGUGGUGAAAUAACAAGUAAAGGUUAUGAUCAAGCCCAAGAUCGAUUUCUUGAUUUUCAAUUUGAAAAGACACAUAGUGCUUAUAUGUUAUUUUAUGAGAGAGUUGAUCAUGUACCAUCAACAAUGCAAGUUGAUUCAAUUGCACAUGGACAACAGUUACAAGUACAGCAAAUUGAUACAACAAAUUCUUCACUAACAAUAUCAACCUUACUAUUGAAAGAUAAUCAAACGUAUUCGAUACCAGCUGAUAUUGUCGAGUGGAUUUGGGAAGAUAAUCGACGUUUUGUUCGUGAUCGUCAUCUAUUUGAUCAUCAUUAUUUUACUUUUAUGUGGCGCAUAUGUCAUCAAGCUAUGAACACAAUUAUCAAAGAACAAGAUCAAUCAUCUUUUUCUCUUUUACCCAUUCAAUUAGCCAUUACAUUCGUUUUUGAAACUUAUAUACAUGCAAAAGAAAAACCGACGAUGCUUAAUUGGGUUGAAUAUUUAUCAAAACAAUUUACAGCAUCAAAACCAGCUGCCGUCUGGUUUCUAUCACAUAUGACCAAUGAUGAUACAUGGCUAAUUAAAGUACUUGUCAAAUGUCCAAACCAUACUAUUCGGCAAAUGUUUGAGCGAGUGUUGUUAGAUGUAUUACAUAAAUUAAGACCAUCAUCCGAUUCACAAAAUGAUCGUUCUGCUGAUAGUUCAACCAUUGUUGUUCAAAAAUUUCUUCGAAAAUAUUUAUCUAUUUUAUCAGACGGUAUUCGUUUACCAAUUCGUUAUAUGUGUGAAUAUUUUGCAUUUUUACACGAUUUUGCCCACAAUGGUUGUGAUGAGUGUUAUUUAUUAUUAGACUGUCUAUGUAUUAAGCAACUAGUUACGUUUUAUAUGUUACAUCGUCGACAACAAAAAUCCUCACAACAAAAUUUGGUCGGAAAUGAUGAUCAAAGUAAUUCGGAAGAUGAACAAAACCCGACAAUAUCACAAACAAACAAUAAUACAUCAAAUUGUUGUAUCGAUGAUGAUGUUAUACCAUUGAAUGAACAUCCAACCACACGUUUAAAUCGUCCAGCUAUAUUUGAAAAAAUGUUUCCAUUAAUUGUUCUACUGUUAGAAGCAGCACGUUUAAGAACACAACCAACAUCAUCGUCGAGUCCAUCUUCUUUAUCUCAACAACAAUUACAAAGUUAUGAAUUAAAUGAAGCUGAUAUAUUAGCGUUGACUGGUACCGAUGUAGAUUUUCAAUUUAUUCAGCAGCAAAUUCUUGAUAACAUUAAUCUGAAAUCAACAGCGUCGAUAAUUCAAUUAAUAUGUUAUAAUAAACAAGUGUUAGCAAAUAAACUAUGUAAUCUACUAUGUACAUGGAUACAGAAAUAUCAACAAGAUACAAAUCAUUUACAAGCAUUUUUCAAAAUAUUUACCUAUCUUAUUGAACAACAUCCACCUACCACAACAACGACAACGACGACAAAUGAUACAUCAAAUAAUACCAAAUCAGAAUGCGAUGAUCAAUCUCAAUCUCAGCCUCUAGUACUUCCAGAUUUAUCAUGGACAGAUUUUUCUACAUUAAUUGUUCAUCAUACAAAUAAAUUAAUUGAAAUAUGUGCCGUACAAGUAUUUGAUUGGCUGAAUACAGUAAUACCAAAAUCGUCGUUUAUUCAACAAUGGGUGUUAAAUAAUAUUCGUCCAUGGUUAAAACCAUAUCUAUUAUAUUGUCAUCAAACACGAACUCGAACAUUAAUUGCUCAAUUAUUAAUUACACUCGUACCAUCACAAACAUUUCGUCAAACAUAUCGUCCCGCUAAAUAUUAUCAAACUUUAUCUCGUCAACAAUCACCACCAACAACAAUAACAUCAACAGGUAGUAAUUCUGGUGCAAUUACGUCAUUAUUAAAUAUUCAAACAACAUCUACUACGACAACAAUUUCAAAUACAUCAUUAACACAUCUAUUUGAUUCACAACAAUAUCAACAAUAUCCAGGUGAUUUUACUCAAGAAACACACGAUAUUAUUAAACAACUAGAACUUUAUCUAUUGGAUUUAAUUGAUGAUAUUAAUCAGGAACAACUACAUGAUCAUCAUCAUAUUUUCGAUAGUCAGCAACGUCUUACACAAUAUAUUUCUUGUCUUAUUCAUUUUACUCGUUAUCCAAAUGAAAAAUUAUUAACAAAAGAUUAUAUACAUCCAUUGUGUACAUUAAUUUUAUCAUCAAAACUCACUGAAGAUCACAAUAUAAAUAAUUCAAAUAAAUUAAUUUUAUUUAUUUUACUUCAUCAAUUAUGCACAUCGUCAGAUAAUAAUACUCUUAUUAUAACAACAAUAUUAAAUACCCAUCCUGAAUUUAAACAACAAUUACCACAAUAUUUAAUUGUUGUUGAUCAUGAAGAUCAAGAAUUAGUAGUAUAUAAUCGUCUAUUUUUAUAUAUUUAUUAUUCUCUUCUUCGAGAAUUUUGUCAAACAUCAAGAGAGUAUACAAAAUAUUUAGCACAACAUAAAAAUUUAAUGUGGGCGCUUCGAAAUGUUUUACCGAAUGUUCAUUUAUAUCAAAAUGCCUGUGAGGAAUUAGUCAACAUUGUUAAAUUGAUAUGUAAAAAUCAAUCACAAAUAAAAUUAGAUUCAUCUUUAACCGUUAAUACUCUUCAAUCGAUCGAUAAUGUUGAUGAACGUGUUGUAUUUGAAUUUAAAAAAGAAUUAUAUCAAUUAUUAUUUCGUCAAUUUGAAGUUCGUAUAUGUUGGUCAACAAUACUUGAUCUACUUAAAGAUAUUUGUCUUGAAACAACAUCACACGAAGAAUAUUAUCAAAUAAUUAUUCGACGUGGUCUUUCAACAUUAUCAUCAAUAUUUUCUAUUUUAUAUCAAUAUUAUCAUGAACAAUGUUCACCAUUAACUCAACAUUUAUCAUUUCAAACUGAUUUAAUUCAAUUAUUAAUAUUAUUUUGUCAUUUAUUAGACACUUGUAAAUAUUAUACUGAUCAAAAACAACAAACAACGUACAUACGUUCAUUGAAAGAGGCUCUUGAACAAUGGAAAGAAAAAAUGGAUUUAUUAACAAAAUUAUUACAAUUAUUAAAUUCAUUUAAUACGACUGAUUUAAGACAAAAAGCAUUUGAUGUUAUUAAAAAACUAAUUGUUACAUUAAAUAUUCAAGAUUUAACAAUGAUUUGUACUCAUAUUAAAGUUAUUCAUGAACAAUCAAGUAUACAACAUCAACAACAAUUGGGACCCUAUUUUCCACGAAGAAAUAUCAAACAGCAGACAUUGCCACAGCAACGUCAAAUAUUUCGACCUCAUUUUGGCAUAUAUUUCAAAACUCAAUUAUUAGAAACAUCGAAAGGAAGAGAUUUAGAUUUUGAUCGUAGUGUUCAUUCGUACUAUUCUCCGUAUCAUAAUUUAAUUGAUAAUAUUGCACGUUUAGCCUAUAAUCAAGAUGCAUUGAAUGGUUCAAUUAUGAAUCUAUUAACAUUAGUGGCAUGUGAAGGUGCCUAUAUGCAUUUUACAUUUUUUCCUAUAUUAUUUUUAGAAAUAUAUGAAUCAACAAAAACAUCGGCACGUCUUAUUAUUCAAGAAAUAUUACAAACAUCAUCAUCCUAUUAUUUUCAUCGUUAUAUCGAAAUUGUUCUCAUAGAUGAACGUAUCUCUCUAUUUCAAAAUGAAAUCUAUCGUUUUUUAGUCAUUUAUUUACCUUUAAUAUUAACGUCAACAACGACUACUAAUACGUCUACCAACACAUCCGGUGACGAACAAAUAUCACUAUUUGUUCAACGUUUACAACAAUUAUUAACAAAAACAAUUGAUAUUUGUUUACAAUCAAUUACAAAUGAAAUACAAACAAAUUUAGAUUUUGUGCAGCAUUUUACAUUAAUCGAUUAUUCUCAUAAACAAAUAAUUGGUGAUAUAAAAGCGCUUGAAUUAUGUUUACAUUGUAAUUUUUCAAAUGAUAAAAUUAAAGAAAUAAUUGAAGAAAACAUUCAUUCUAUUAAACAAAAACUAGCAUCAUCAAUAAUCAAUGAUGAUGGCAUUACCAGUGAAAAUGAUGUACAAGACACUGGAUCAACAAGUAAUGACGAUGAUAACAUCAGUACACCAAUAAAAAAGCGUCGCUUAGAUGAUAAUGCCGAUGGUACAACAUCAGUAAUAGAAUGUUUAUUUAAACCAAUCAAUAAUUCAUCAUCAAUAAUAGAAAAUACCGAUUUAAAACGAAAAGCGAUUACAGAUGCAUUACAAGUGUUAGAAACAUUUCUUGCACAAUUAUCUGUCGUAAAACAAUCACCAAUAAUUUCCCCAACCGUUUAG